AUGAUUCAUAAAUGGUGGCACAAUUACAUCCGGCGUAAAACAAAACCUAUUCCGGGUGAUGUAGCUGUUUUAUGGAAACGUCGGCUUAGUUAUGCUUAUGGUUUUCUUGCGUGGAAUGCUUUCGGUCUCCUGAUUUAUAGUAUAUAUAAUGGCAAAGCUGAUUGGGCGCAUUAUUACGGUCUUAAAACAGAUGAAGAAGCCAAAAUGUCGCCAGCACUCGGUUGGGCCAAUACUUUAGGUAUCAAAAAUGCUAAAGUUUACAGAAUAUCUGGAUUAACUAAAGUUGACGAAUAUGAUAUCGUGGAAGGAGAGAAAAAAACAGUCCAAGAAAAACAAAUAAACAGUGAAGAAUUGGAAACAUAA